UGUGCCCACGCCCGUACCUGCUUGAUGUAGGAGAGAGCUGUCAGUGAACACCUCCCCAGAAUGUGUAUGUAUUGACAGAGCUCACAAUCAGUCAGUCGAAAUCACUAGCACUGUUCAGUGCAUCUGCCUACAUACUGCAGCUAAACUGACAUUAAUAAGGUGUCUUUUGAGGAAGUUUUUAGACCUUUCUGACUAGAGGGCCACUAACAAUGUCCAAAGAGGGGGACAGACAGUCGGUUUUGCGGACCACAAAGGUCCGCACCGCUCUGAAAGGAGACAGCAGCUGGAUACAGAGACGACAGCAAGAAAAUCUUGAGAAAGAGGAGGAGGAGGAGGAGAAACCAUGGGUCGCUGAAGUGCGAGCAAAUCGCUCAAAUGGUGUAUUUGAAGAAACAAGUCCUGUUUCCUCACCCACAGUCAAUGCGCCCCAGCCCAUAUCCGACACAGAAAAACCAAAAACACCUACAUCUGGAUACAUAAUCAGAGGGGUAUUCACAAAAACCGAUUCUAAGCCAACAUCCACUUCAUCCACCAAUGGAUAUGCCGGAAUAAAUAGCUUCAACAAAAAGCCAUCGGACACUUACAAGAAAAUAGCCCCACACACAAUUCGGCCCAGCAAUGAAAAGCCAGUGCAGUCUGAACCAUCUCUGAGUCCAGAGGAAAUAGAAAAGAGGACAGAGGCAGCCAGCAGUGUGCUGAAGGGAUCGGCAGCAAAUCGCCGUUCAUACGUAAUGUCAGCUGCAAAGAAAUAUGAAUCUUCAGAGAAGCCUGACAGCUCUGUUGAUAUAGGCACUUCCUUUGUUGCCAAAAGGGUGGAUAUCAGUGAUGAUGAUGACACUACAGCAUCUGUUAAGUCUGUGCCUGUGCAAAGUGUUAAAUCGAACCCUGAACCAGUGGUGAAGGAGGUCAAGCCAGCAGCACCUGAAAUUAAAUCUGAACCUAAGCCAGUGACUGAAACUAAACCUACAACACAAACUAAAAUAACAACUGAAGUUAAAGCUGCAUCAGAAUCUAAACCAGUGCUAGAAAAUAAAACACAGCCUAAACCAGCAACUGAAACUACAACAGUGGCUGAAACUAAACCUACAGCACAAACUAAAACAGUAACUGAACCUAAACCUGCAACACAAACUACAACAGCAACUGAUUCUAAACCCACAUCAGAACCUAAACCAGUUGAAACUAAACCUGCAACAAAAACUGAACCUAAACCAGCAAUUGAUACUAAAACAGCAACAGAAACUAAACCUGCAACACAAACUACAACAGCAACUGAUUCUAAACCCACAUCAGAACCUAAACCAGUUGAAACAAAACCUGCAACAAAAACUGAACCUAAACCAGCAAUUGAAACUAAAACAGCAAAUGAAACAAAAACACAAACUACAACAGUAACUGAUCCUAAACCCACAUCAGAACCUAAACCAGUUGAAACUAAACCUACAUCAACUGAACCGAAACCAGCAAUUGAAACUAAAACAGCAACAGCAACUAAACCUACCACACAAACUACAACAGCAACGGAAUCUAAACUAGUGGUCGAAACUAAAUCUACAACAGAGACUACAAUAACAAGUGAUCCUAAACCCACAUCAGAAUCUAAAGCAGUUGAAAACAAACCUACAACAACAACUGAACCUAAACCAACCAUUGAAACUAAAACAGCAGCUGAAACUAAACUGGUGUCUGGAACAACAGAAACUAAACCUACCACAAAAACUACAACAGCAACUGAAUCUAAACUAGUGAUCGAAACAACAAAAACUACAACAGCAAAUGAUCCUAAACCCACAUCAGAAACUAAAUCAGUUGUAACUAAGUCUACAGCUGAACCUAAACCAGCAACUGAAACUAAAACAGCAGCUGAGACUAAACCGGUGUUUGAAACAACAGAUACUAAACCUACCACAAAAACUACAACAGCAACUGAAUCUAAACUAGUGAUCGAAACAACAAAAACUAUAACAGCAAAUGAUCCUAAACCCACAUCAGAAACUAAACCAGUUGUAACUAAAUCUACAGCUGAACCUAAACCAGCAACUGAAACUAAAACAGCAGGUGAGACUAAAUCUACCACUCAGACUACAAAAGCAAGUGACCCUAAACCCACAUCAGAAGCUAAACCAGCGACUGAAACUAAAACAGAACCUGAAGCUAAACCAGCAGCUCAGCUGAAACCAGCACCUGAAUCCAAGCCUAAGCCAGUUCCAGAGAAAAGCCUGUCUGACACCCUGAUAUCCUUCAGCACAGAGCCUGCCAGCUCUAGCAAAGCAGACCCAGGAGUAGAUCAUCUCAGUCAGGAUCUGCUCACAGACAGCAGUUCUCUGCCUCAGACAGACAAGACGCAUAAAACUCUGGACCUGCUCGCAGAUGAUCUUAUUCCCUUCAAUACUAGUACCACCAGAACCAGCACUAACUACAAUAACAGCUGGAGAACCCAGACUGAAAAUUUUAAGAGCUCAGAUGAUGAAUUUGAUCCAUUACGAACAUCGAGUGAGCCUACAAAGAGUCCUCAAUGGUACGGUCCUCCUAAGCUGGACUCAAGUUCCAUAGAUACAUUCGAUCGGUUUCAGCAUCCUGUGGAUUUAGUUGCUGAUGUGCCACAAGACGUUUUGGUUUCCUUGGCUGAAGAUGUCAUUCCAACUGAUACUAAGAGUCGUUGGAAGACAGAGAUGGACAGUUAUGAAACCACCAUCAAAACCAGCACCAAAACAGUGGAGAGUUCUGACAAUGAGAAGUUACCAGAAUCUGAUGCCAAGAAGAACUUUGUCUAUGUUAAGGAAUAUGUGAAUAAUUCACUUCUGGAUGGCAGCAGCUCUGACUAUGUGUCAUCAACAUCCUCCAACUACAACUACAGCAGCCCCAGCUACUACUCUAGAAGUGAGAUGACUCCCUGUACAUACUGUAGAGAAAUGGUGGGAAAUGACGCCAAAAUCACCAUUGAGCACCUGAACAUAUCCUGUCACCCAGCCUGCUUUAAGUGUGGUAUUUGCAGUAAACCAAUGGGAGAUUUACUUCACAACAUGUUUCUCCACCGUGGGACGGUCCAUUGUGAGAGCUGCUAUUCCAAUGUGCUAUAAGGAGAUCUGCUUACACUGCCUGAAACAUCUCUCAACAGUAUAGCUCACUUGCUUAUAUGAAUAAAAAUUAGACUCAUUACUUACACAAAACACGCUCCUCUUUGUUUCCUCACUGAUCAUACUGCUGACAUUGUGCAGCUGUGCAGAAUACCUUCUGAAUAUGUUGAUGAAAAGGCUUCUUGUGCUAGGAAUGCUUGUUGCAGGGCAUCUAGGUUUUUUUUUUUUUUUUUUUUGAUUCUGUCCCUUUAUAGUCA